CCAGUGGUGCUUUAUAGAGUGCUAACGAAGAGAAAAAGACUGAUAUCAGUCAAGUACUAAAGAAUAUUAUGCGUAUUUUCCUAAUUUAAAUCUUCCGUACGGGUGAUGUUUAAAAAUGUGCUGUGAAGGUGUUAAAUAUAAAGUUCAAACAGGUUCUUUCAAGAUAUUGAUCUUACUACGGAUUGUUUGCUUUUUAGAAUGACCAUUCUCUGCUAUACACUUCUAGUUCAAGUGCUAUUGCCGUCAGAACGGGCAAACAGAAUACCAUUUUAAACGCAGAAAAAACGCGAACGACAUGGAAUGCUUUAUUUCACAUUUUCUCGACGAAAACUGUAUUCGAAUGUGGUUAUAAAAAAUUGUCAAAUGUAAAUUGCAUAACACACGUGGCUCUGAUUUCAAGAGGAAAAUCGCUAUUAAUUUGCAAAUAUAAAAAAAAGAUCGGUUUGUUAUGAUUAUUGAAAGUUGAAGUAAGGUGAAAAGUGCAAAAUUCAGUAUGGAUCGAAACAGCUCCAACCAAGACUUCUCGGAAUCGGACUGUUCACAGGAUUCUUCUUCGUCUAAUCUGUCGUCUUCGACCGACUCUUCAAAUGUAUCGCAGAAAGAAUCGACUAAGAAGGAAUACGAAGCAACAAAGAUCACUACGGAAGUCAUCAAUCUACCAAAGGAUUUGUGUGAGGAUCCAGUAAUAUUUGAAGAAUUCUUUUCACUCGAAACGUGGCAUAAUCUGUCUGACCCCAUACGGAAGCACCUUAGUUCAUAUCUUCCGACGUUCAGUGAAAACAUAGAAUAUGAGAAAAACAGUACCAUCGAUGCACUUUUUACUAAUCGGAUAACUCGUUUCGGGCAUUGCCCUUUAAAAAGACUGCAACACAACCUAGAGGAAGGAAACUGUAGGCCAGAGAUUUCUAUAUUUAAUAAAAGUAUAGCAAAGGCUGAACGAAGAGAACAACGUUUCCAAGAGCGCAGUCGUAUGUCUGCCCUCGCCCAAAGGUUGGUUGUUUCCCGGGAGAAAGCAUUGCGAAAUCUUUAUCAACAUCCGGAUGCUGGCGGGCGUGCUUUCAAUCGGAAUAGUUCUGUGUUUCAUCCCUCAAUCAACUCGUUGAGAGCAAAACGGCGCUACUUACAAGAAAUUAGUGGUGUUUCGGAUCUCUUAGGGCUUUCGGAAUUAUUAUCUGAUGAAGAGCGAAAUUCAGAACUCCUCGCCAAUCACUUGCCUCGAAAACAGCGACGACUUUUCGGUCCUGUACAGGGUGGAGCUUCCAGUCCUGGUGCAGAUCAUAGAAUUAUCAACACUCAGGCUUCGAAAGCCGAGCAACAAAUAGCAACCGGCCAUAUGAUCGGAUCCAAUGGCAAAAUUCAAAUAUCUGAAAGACACUAUCGAGAUUUGUUGUUUUCUCAUAAACGUAGAAAAAUUGACGAACCGGACCAUCCGGACUUGGAUUGCCAAGAAAUUAAACUGAAGGAUGUGGUGAGCCGAACUCAGGCAUCCUCUGGAUAUCGACGGAUUAUGCCGCUACCGAAAGUUAGUCUGCCAGAAGAGUCUGUCAAUAUUAGUGUGAUAGCGCCAGAGCAAAUGAUAGAACCAUGUAUAAUUCCGUCUCGAGUCACAUCACCGGCAGAAAUUUGCGCACCCGAACAGGUGAAGAUCGACAUACCGUUAAUUUCAUCGAAACCAGAACCGGAAAAUAUCAUAAGUACUAAUAGUCGAUCUUCGCCGGACCUGUUUCACAAUGAAGAAACGUUGCCUUUAGUGGCACAAGAGAAAAACCAUAAGCUCAACGAAUUACCAGACAUAUGUAUCGAAAAACCACAGGUUUCUUUCGAACUGCAACCAAACUUGUUUGUUGAUCAACCUCUAACGACUGAAGAGGUUGUCCAUGAACCUAACGUGGAAGAUAAUUAUCACGAAAAAUCAAUGAUUGUAUCAACCGAAAAUACUUCUUCCAAUAACAUAGUACCAAAUGAGAACGAAAAUAUCCCGUCAAUACCAAUGAUACCAACGGAAAAUAAUGAAGAAGUACUUAAAACUGAGCGACAAGAUACGGCAGAAGUGAUAGAAUCCGUAAAAAUAUUGGAAGAAAUUGUAGAACAAAAAGAUAUGGAACUGAAUGAAUCAAAUGAUAAGGAAAUUUUGGGUGAAACCAAAGUGCAGUCGCAUGAUGAUUCUAUGCCAGAACUCAUGCAGGAAACUCAUAAAUGUUUUUUGUCGUUAGUUCGAGAUAUGUUCUGUUCUAACCCUGACCAUCGUAUGACAACCGAUGAACUCAAAAUAAAACUUAACUUGUGGCUGAAAACACCUAUUGCUGCUUUGAAUGAUUGGUAUCAACAGGCUGAAGACAAGUGGGACGAUUUGCUCCAAUCCGCUAUAUUGUUCCUAUCUGGGGAGUUUUCAGAUCAACCAGAUGAUUUCGUGCCAUACAUCGAGUACAAAACACAAAUAAAUAUCUAUCAAUGGAUCGGUGCUUCGAGAGAUUCUGAUCAUCGACUUAUGGCAUUGUGUGAGUAUUGGUUGAGUCGUAAACAAGACAUGGGAGUAAAAGCUCAGUCAAAACCGAAAGUCAUAAGUACCAAGCAAAGAUUUACAUUCCCAAGUACAAGUUCUUUCGUGGACGACGAAGAUGUUUCAUCCGAGCGAAGUAUUUCACCUCCUCCCCCUAGGCAUCCCACAGAUUGGUCGGUGCGCAAAGCUACCGAGCAAGAAGUUGCCGUUUUUCGAGAACAAGAAAAACGACGUUACGAAAACCCUCAUCUGGCGUUUACCUACAAACAGCAUUCAUACAACAGUGUGGUAGGUCCAGUGAAAGGUAUCUACACUCAAGUUCCCGGUAUAUCCAAAGCUCGUGGUCACAACAUGUUAGUUGCAGAUAGACCAAAUUUUGUGACGAUUCUUACCCUAGUUCGUGAUGCUACAGCGAGACUUCCAAACGGCGAAGGUACCCGAGCAGAUAUUUGCGAGCUGUUGAAAUCUUCUCAGUACAUCUCUCCGACGGCAACGGAUCAAGUACUUCAGACUAUUGUUAGUGGAGCGCUCGAUAGAAUGCACACUGAACAUGAUCCAUGUGUUAAGUACGAUACUAAACGGAAAAUUUGGAUUUAUCUUCAUCGUAAUCGUACCGAAGAAGAAUUUGAACGUCUUCAUCAUCAGUACCAAGGCAUAUCCAAACACAAAAAACCUGUUUAUCGAAAAAGUAAAUCCAAAGAAGCUGUUGAGGCCACAACCCCUCGUAAGACGCCAACUACUCCAAUUGUAUCUUCUGUGCAAACCUCUAUAGAAAGUGAAGCUAAUCUGGAAGAUGUAUUAGUAAAUAAACCGGCAAUGAUUGAAUCACCUUCAGUUACAAUUCCAACUUCCACUACAAGCUGUAUCACGUUGCCGGACAGUUCAAUUAUUACAGGAAUAUCUUUACCAGUAACAACACUCAAACCGGAGACGAAGCCAAAUGCUUUGCAUGAGACUGUUAAUUUAGAGCCACAAAUCUCAUCUCAGUUGUUAUACACAAAUAUCACUCCCAAAAAAUCGGUUGAUGGCGUUGAGAAUUCCAUUAUGACCAUUUUAAGGAAAACUCCUUCAGAAAGUACCAUUGGUUUUAAGGAAGCAAUUCCCAUACAUGUAAGCCCGUCAUGUAAAAUACAAUCGAUACAACUGAAAAAAUCGCCACAGGCUACGCAUUUCGUUACAAAUGCUAACAAACCUUUCGUUAAUGUUGACCUGAGCCCUGAUAGAGUGAAUCAAACUUCGCUAAAAACUGUAGCCGGAUCACCCAACACUGUAGUGACCAAGAAAAAUAUUCUAGCUCCAAAAUCGCUCAUCAUCAGCAGUACACCGGUAUCCAUACCGACGGUUUCUAAUCCGACGGCAACCACAAUUCCACUGCAGGUAACCGCUGCUGGGGGACAAAGUUUUAUAACUCCAGUCACACUCCAGGCCGGCAAUACCAUACAGCAUACAACAUUCCGGCCUGCCGCUGUCAGAAGUGUAAACGUACAACAGCAACAGCAGCAGGCCCCGGCUGUUUCGAUGGCUCUCAAAACAGCUACGUUGCUUCAAGGCAGAAGUGUUUUAGCUCUCACUUCCCAAUCCCAGCUAGCGAGUGUGAAAGCAUUCUCUCAAUCGGACAUUCAAACGAUCAUCAACAAGCCGCCAAUAACAACAACGGCCACUAUCACUGGACAGCUGAAUAAUCCUCCGGGCACAAUGGUAUUAAAAACCGAUAAUGUGAAUAGUUCUUCCAGUGGUGAAAUCGUCAGUACAAUCAAUACGAUCAAAGGUCAGCAAUCAGUCCUAACACCGGCGCAGCAGAAGCAGAUCUUACAAAAUCUUUUAGCGCAACAGCACAAGCAGGUGUUUACAUCCAAGCCAGUUAUUCUAAAACAACCGACAAAUUCUAGCACUGCCACACAAAUCACAAAUUCUCCGUUGAACACACAGCAAAGUAAAAUAGUAAAACAUCUUCACAAAAUUCCUGCUCUUACACUAUCGGCAGCUUCGUCGUUUUCUUCAAGUCACGGCGGUGCAACAAUUCAAACGGUCAGUGCUAAUCCACAUGUCAUUCAAAUCAAAUCAACAAAUAAUAUCCUGAACACUGCUGGCGGUACAAAGAUUCAACCAAUUAUAACCACUAUCAAAGAGCAGAUGCAACAAAAGACCGUUCAGCAAUCUCUGAUAACUAAAAACACAAAACCGAUGCUCAAGGCGGAUACGUCUGAUAUGGCAACUCUGAAAGCGUCGCCGUUACAGAAUGAUUCGAAAACGCAAUCAGUUUUAUUGCAAUCUACAUCUUCUUCGCCGAUAGUGACACGUGUUAUUAAACCGGCCGGAUCAGUGAGCCAAUCCACAACCAGUUUGAUACGUUCUUCCUUGGCAAACACAGUCAGUGUAGGGCAAGGGACACCUCAAGUAGUGACUAAAGUUGUCAAAAGUAUUGGCGAUAAUCAAAUUGUUUCACUCGAUAGUUUGCUACAACGACAAAGAAUAACCACCGGAGAAACUACAGCCAUUCGUCUUGCAGACGCUAAAAAUAUCAAAACGCAACUGAUACAAUUAUCUAAUAAUAGUUCCACAGGAUCUAGUAUACCCCAAUACGCCGUAAUUUCCCAAAACAGAAACAUUAUAUCAGUUGCUCAAACAUCUGGACAAAGCACAACACAAUCGAUUGUGACCACAAUUGCAAACAGUGUUAUAGACACAAAAACCACACCAGUGCUUAGCACUAGUCAUAGUGCCAUCAUCAAUAGUGGUAGCAUAACUUUUGCCUCCGGUUCACAUGCCGAUGCCAAAGAAUCAGGACAGUUGAAUGUUGUUAAAACCACUUCUAUAAGCAACUUGCAGAAAGCUUCGCAAAAUCAACAUUCGCAACAAGUUUUUACGAAAAUAACUGGUACACAAAAGGUGAUAUCUGCCAAGACUCGAAACGAUGCCAGUUUCAUCAAUUCACCGAUAAAUAUUGCCACUAUUGGAGGAAAUCCUCUGAUAAUCCAUAAACCAGCUGUUCGGGCCGAUACCAAUCAACCAAAUAGCUCUGGUAUAAUAUUUCAUAAUCCAGCAUCGAGUUCAUCCGAAUCUACAAGUAUUGUGUAUGGUCGACAAGCUGUUAAAAUUCCAGGAAAUCUUAUAUCACAGGGUCAUGUGAAUAUUGUCAGUGCACAGCAGGCCACCGGCUCAGGAACACCUCAGAAACUACUGCUUGGUAAUCAGUUGGUAAAAGUCAGGACCGUUCCAAGACAUCCAGGACAGAUGCAAUUUACGUUUGCCCAACAACAACCUAAAGUCGAAUCUCCCAUCAAUACUUCACCAGCGCCAAAUACAAUCAGCGGGAUUGUGAAAAGCAUAAACAGUGAUACCAGUGAUAAAACAACAAUCAAUAGCGUCGUCGUGAAGGCCCCAGUUGUUAGCAAUACUGCUAAGUCGACAUCAGAGGUAGACAUACGUGUCAACCAGCAACCUCAACGAGUCGUUCUAGCCACCCAAGGGAGGCAGCUUGUUACACAGCAAAUUAUUGUACCACCUGGAUUUCAAGGCGGAGCUUUUAAUAUAAAACGGCUAAAAGUAAUACCCGUCAACAGUCAACAAAAAGGGUCAAUUAUUCGUGCACAGCCCAGCAUCAUUCAGCAGAGCAGCCCGUCAGUCGCUGUCACCAAAUCAGCUGCGUCGAUAACGUUGAACGAUACCACAAAUGAAGGUGGAAGCAGAGUUUUCCACGUGUAUAGUAGCGGAAAUAGUAACAAUAGCAGUAGUAUCAAUGACAAUGUUGACUUUAGUGUAAAUCCAGGCAAAAAAUAAUAGUUUUACCUAAAUGUGUAUCAUAUUAAGCAGAAAAAAAAAACAAUAAACUAUUUAUUCUAGAGGUUUUUAA